AUGGCAUUCUUAGACGGAGGUCCCUUAACAGCUUCCAACUCCUAUUUCUCCCUCAAAGAUCGCUUCAUCCACCAAACCCAGAAGACUUACACAGACACCAGAUCCUCCAACAUGAAUCAACUAAAUGUGGCCCUACAAGAUGUCCAGCGGAUAAUGGUUCAGAACAUAGACGAUGUUUUGCAGCGCGGAGAAGCUCUUUCU